UCAAACAAACAUCAGUACAAAUAUAUAAACAUAAUAGGUAUUAGUAGAUACAUUUUGUAUAUUAGUAAAUGAAAUUAAAAUGUCUGUUGCGUCGUCAGAUUCUGAAGCUGAAUAUCACGCUUACUCUGAACGGACAUUGGCAGUGAUCAAACCAGAGGCUUUCGAAGACGCUGAAGCUAUUGAGAAUCACAUACGAGCUAAUGGAUUCACUAUACUAGCGAAACGGCAAGUUCACCUAACUCCGGAGCAGGCCGCGGAACUUUACAGAGGUCACUACGGUCGCCAUCACUUCCCACACUUGGUGGCUCACAUGUCGAGCGGACCUAUCGUAGCGUUAGUGCUUGCAACCAAAAAUUGUAUACAAAAAUGGCGCAACCUGAUGGGACCAGCCAGAGUGAUUGAAGCACAAGCGUAUUGGCCCGACAGUCUACGGGCAUGCUACGGGCGCCGCACUAAGUACGGAGACUACUUUAAUGGUUUGCAUGGAAGUGAAAACCAUGCUGAGGCGUUGCGGGAGAUACACUUCUUUUUUCCCACAAUGGUGAUGGGACCAGUACUUCGUCAGUGGCAAGUUAAUGACUAUAUUCAAAAGCAUAUAACGAGGACACUAUUGCCGGCGUUGACAAACCUUGCUCAUGAAUGUCCGGCGGAGCCAAUACUUUGGUUAGCCGAGUACUUACAGAGACACAACCCUAACGAGCCAGAGUUGGCGCCACAGCCAUCUGAUCAUCGGGAAGACAGACGUUGUCACACUCCGCUGGCUUCCGACGAGUCCCUAACAAAAUAAUAUUAGAUUCCAGAACACAGAACAGAGAACAAAAUUACAUCUCUAUUCUAUAUUUUAAAAUCUUACUAAUACCUAGGUACCUAUUAUAAACGCGAAAGUUUGUGAAUAUAGAUUAAUGGACGUUUGUUACUCUUUCACGCAAAACUACUGAAUGGACUUUAAUGAAAGCUGCAUCAGAAUAACACGCGAUUAAAGCCGCGGGAACAGCUAGUAUAUAAUAGUCAUAAAACAAAGUAAUUGGUAUUAUUUAUGAUUUUCAUAAUUGUUUUAUUUUUAUCAUUGUCAUUUCAGUUAGGUUUCUAUUGAGCCAUGAUGAACAUAGCUUACGAUUAUAUCUAUGCUGAAUAUUUUCAGUACCUACAGAGGUAGGUAGUGCAGGGCAGAAAUGGUACUGGAUAUGUAGGUAUAAAUAAACAUGGUGUUUGCUGAAACUUGCAAUGCAAAUACUACUAGACUAGGAACUUUACAUAGUUUGCACUUAAUGUAGUGAUUACUUGCACUGUAGUGUCUACACACUGAGCAAGUAGUGAUUCUACGCGCGACAAUAUUUUAAAAUUUUUGGCGCCAAAUAUUCUUCUUAUUCUAGAAUUGGUCAAAGCAAAACAUCAGUCAUUUUAAUUAUAGAUUAAAAAAUAAUAUUUGGCGCCCAAUGAGUUUGUUGGUGUGGUACCUAUACGCAAUGAAUGCAUAUUCUGGAAAAUUCAUUUAUGUCUGUGUUUAAUGCUAAUUAUUGAAUAUAGUAAUGAGUUCGGUGAGUGAUUCGGCAUACCUUUAGCCACGGGA